AGUAAACAAAAUAUCAAUCUUGCCAUAUCUUAGCGCUUAAUAACUUGUAGUGUUGUCUACGGUUCUUCAACACUGCCAGCGUCAACGACCAAGGCGGUGCCUCAACGAGCAGCGACGUGCAAAUUUUUUGCUCGCUCGACUGACUCAAGCCUAUUCGUUCACAACAUUAUUUCAUUCUCAAUAGUAUCCUCCAGCCAUUGCUCUCAUUCCCUUCCGUAGUACAGGAACUCUGCGGUACACUCUUUUCUUGACUUCGGUCGUUCCAGUCAUUUCCGUUGUAAUCAACACCAUACCAUUCAACCAUGUACCAACCUCGCUCGCUGGGUGGUCUCUCCGGAUCCGUGAUAAACACUAACACUUUACCGACCGCAACUGCUCUCAUCCAAAACACCACACCGGCACCUGAUUCUGGUUCCUCGACGGGCAUUCAACUCGCCUCCUCCACACCGUCCGCAUCACUGACUUCGUCAUCAGCUGCACCUGCUGUGACUACCUCGCCCAGUUCCUCUGGAAAUGACAUAUCAUUGGGCACCGUUAUUGGUGCCUGCGUCGGCGCAUUCAUCCUACUCGUAUUGGUAAUCUCUUUGGCGGUCUACUGUUCAAGACGACAAAAGCCGCAGCGUCGUGGGAACGCUUCGCAGUCCCGCAAUGCUGCGAAUAACCUGUCCCGCCGGCGCUCUCAUUUACAGCCUUGGGACCGCCUAAAUGAAGACAAGGAGGCUCAACAGUAUAGGCUGCCAAGGCCUCCAUCUGGGCCGAUGGAGAAGUUGGGCGCGAUGUUCAAUCGUACACCCAGCACAACCUCUGGAGAAAAGUCCUCUGAUGACCAUGGAAACCGCGAGUCCAUAGGCACGAUGCAGCACUUUGCCAAGUAUCAUCCUGGCUUGGCUGAGGAAAUGGCAUCAAAAUCUGCAGAUUUAGGUUACGUGGUUGUCACCAAACCUCCACCUGUACAGCGGUUUAUGGGCCGUACCCAAGCUGAUGGUGUGCCAACCAUUUCAUGGGACGGCGAUACUGUUGGCGGGGAUUCGUUCCUCUCCAUGCGCUCGUGUCUAUCUAGUAACAUGUCACCUACAAUGAGCGUGGCCAAGUUCACUCCACCCGCAACCGCGUCUGGGUCACAUCGCUGGGAGAGUGCAGAAGUUGGCCAUAUUGAUGUAUAUGGUUCAGAGAUGUCAGAAGCAGGCGAUUCGCGCAAUCCUUUCGCGGAUGCGGCUUCUGUCAAGAGCGGCGUUAGCCGACGCGUCACUAACCCGUUCUUCAACGCGCAGGAGAAACCCCAAAAGCGCACACUCCUUUCUAACACCACGCCCGAAUCCAACCCCUUCGCUGACUCAAAUACUCCCACUCCGAGACCUUUCCUUGAAGUUGAAGCUCGCUCAAAUAGCGAUGCCAGCUCCAACAAUUCCCGCGCUAUGCAAUGUCUUAUCGCUGCACUAGACAUGCCAGCGGAAGCAGGUCUACGCGUGUCGUCUAUGCGAUCAUCGAAUUACUCUCACAACUCAACAAUCAUGUCUUGUGAUGAAGUUGACGCCGUGAGCGUGGCAGCCUUCCCAUAUCCUCCAACGCAAGUGCCACUUAGAUGAUCCACUUUCAAAACAAGACGCUUCGCCUUCUAUUAAUAUGUGCAUACUUCAUUUCGCACCAAUACAUACCGCUAUCUUGAGUACGUAUACAUUAUUUCAUAUUUGUUCCCCGCGCAUCCCACUUUCAUACUGUUUUUAUGGCGCUUUACGGUCCGGUAUCGACGUUCACCCUCCCACUUUGUCACUCCUUGACCUUUCGCGUUGGAACAGUUUGUUUUGCGCUUAGCUUGAUUUCCCUGUUGUGUUACAUCUUGUGCAUUACUACUUGCUAUCCAUCUUGCACUUGUCCCUAAGUAGUAGAUCUGUUAUAUUUAUGGUUACUGGCUUUACCGUCUGUGUCUAGAUCUCGUAGGAACCUUCAAUUGUGUAUGAGGUAGACUUGAAAAUGUCGGCGCUGUUACUUGUGCUGGGUCUUCAGGACGUCAAAGUCCGUGACUGAUGCAUGAUGGGCGUUGCUUGGGUGAUC